CUGCAAUGACCCAAGCCAUUGGGAAUAUUUUUGCUUGUUGAGGGGUGACGUUCAAAGCUUCGAAAGUCUUCAAGCAUUUAUAGUUUCAGGUUCAAGCAUUUUGAAGCAAAGACAGUAGAUAUGACGGGGCGCUUCCGAGGGCUCAUGGCUUUGCCCUUGGUGGUUGGAAUGCCUGCACUGGCUCACGUUGCAUGGGGGCUUCCAAGCAAUUUGAGGAUAUCCCUGGCUGUGAAUGUUGGUCUUUCGGUCCUUGGAUUUAUUGCCACGUCAUCCAUUGUGGCAACGCUUGGCCCAACCUUUAUCAAGGCUAAUCUGCGAGGGAUUGAUCUUAACAAGGAGACUACGAAACGUGACUCGGAGGGAAACCUUGUUCGCCCCAUCGAAGGAAUUGCAAUUCCAGAGUCACAAGGCACCAUCACAGCAGCUGUGUACAUUCUGGUGCUUUCAGUCUUCAUCCCGUUUGCAUUUGCCUCCUAUGAACUGGACCGGUUUCCUCAUGCUGAAAUGGCAGAAUACUUGGCUGCAGUACUGACCAUCACCUUUGCAUCCUUCAUGGGCUUUGCAGACGAUGUCAUUGAUUUGAGAUGGCGCUACAAGAUCCCAAUUCCAUUCUUGGCCACGCUUCCGCUUCUGUCAGUCUAUUAUGCCAAUGGAAAUCACACUGGGGUCAUGGUGCCAAACCAGUUCCGCUGGCUUUUUGGUGAUUUUGUUGAAUUGGGCCUGGGCUUCUAUUUGUUUCUACUUUGGCUGGCAGUCUUCUCGACCCACGCCAUUAACAUUUACGCGGGUGUAAAUGGGCUGGAAGUCGGUCAGUCCGUAGUCAUUGCUGCUUCUGUUCUUGUUCUCAACAUUCUGCAACUUCUUCGAAUCCCUGAAGAAUUCAAGGAAUAUCGGGAAAAUCAUAUGCAGUCAAUCUUUCUCAUUGUUCCUUUCUUGGCUGUCAGCCUGUCUUUGCUUCAGCUGAACUGGUUCCCUGCACAAGUCUUUGUUGGGGAUACCUACUGCUAUUUUGCGGGCAUGACUUUUGCAGUCGUCAGCAUCGUCGGCCAUUUCAGCAAGACCAUGGUGCUGUUGCUGAUCCCUCAGUUACUGAACUUCUUGUACUCUUGCCCGCAAUUGUUUCCCUUUAUUGGAAUUCCAUGUCCGCGGCAUCGUAUGCCAACCUUUAACGUUGCUGAUGGAACUGUUUGCAAUAGCUUUGCAGAGUUCACCCCAGAAGAACUCAAGCCGCUGGGAAAGCUGGCUUACAUGAUUUUGAAAAACCUGAGGCUGGUCCAUGUGCGGAGCUUGAAGGAAGGACAGGUUCAGAUGAGCAAUCUGACACUCAUCAACUUCGUUCUGUAUGUCUUUGGACCGUGCAGAGAGGAUGUGCUUUGUUGUCGCUUGCUUGCCAUACAAGUGGCCAGCACUUUGAUGUGCUUUGCAUUGCGAUUCGGCCUUGCCUCCUACUUGUUUGAUGUAGUUCUUUAAUGGAACUGAUCAGAUUUGAAAAGACCAGGGUCUGUUCACCAUGACAGAUCCGGAGAAGCGCAGCCACCAAAGAAAGAUGCAAGUUCCGAUGCAACACAUGUAGUGCAAGC